UUACGCAAUUGUAGAUCGGGUUUAUACGAGAAGAAUAUCCGACUGUGAUUGAUGAAUUUUUACAAUUACCACUCUUACAACAGUUAUAACUACGCUUACGCAAUUGAGGGAGUCAAGGAGAAAUCAAAUUCAACGGAUUUUCUUUUCUCUCAGCUGCUCUCAGUUCUCAGCUACUUUCAGCUUACACAGCUAUACAGUGUAUACAAGAUUCCAUCGAAACCUGAAAACAGAAGAAGUGAAUCUAGACGGUCAUCGAUUCUUAAACCAUGUAAACCACGGCAACCGUUGCAAAAUGUAAAUUUUGAUUCUUCGUCUAAUGAAGACAGUCCAACUUUGUCAAAAAACAAGAGACGUGUUAGUUUUGCAGAGAAAAAACAUGUCAAAGAAUUUUGUCAUUCUACUGAACAAGGUACUGUGUGGGAUAAUACAUAUGAAGAACAGGAUUCUACUUUAAAAGGAUCUUUUGUAAUUGAUCAAAAUGCUGAAGGUACCUAUUUAGUUGAUAAUCAACUACCGCAAGGAUCUACCGCAAGAGCCAAUAAAGAAAAUAAUGAUACAAACUGUAAUUUAGGUUUUACUACAGUACGAAAUAAAUCUUGUGUAUCUAAUGAUUGGAUAUCAAGUAAUUUGGAUUCAGAAUAUAUGCAAUUGUCUGAUAAAGAAUCUCAAUUUGGACAAAUUAUAAUAACAGAUACAUCUAAAAGUAUAAAGUCAAGCAAUAUUAUGAUAUAUAGAGAUUCUGAUGAGGGAGACUGUGAAGAUAAUGUUGCCAAGAAAUAUCCUUCCGAGUUCUAUUCUAGUAAUGUAGACUCUGAAUUAGACAAAACACAUGUUCAAGAUUUCUCUAUGGAGCUAACAGCACCAAUAUCUACAUCUUUAGUAUCUUCACAUUUACACAUUGAAGAACAGAAACAAGAAUGUAACGAAAACAUAAAUAAUUCAAAAACAAAUACUAAUUAUAAUCGUGUAUCAAUGGAAUGUACUAUUAAUUGUAAUAAUGUACCAAUAAACAUUACCGAGGCUGUACCAAUAUUUGUGGAAUCUGUUGCUUCUAAUUUAGGAAUUUUUGAACAAAUUCCGACAAUAUUACAAAACUAUGAACAUAUGAAAUGGAAUGCUACAAAUACUCAUAACACAAUAUAUGCCACAGAUACUGAUAUAUGUCAUACAAAUAAUACAAUUUUCGAUACUUCAAUGGAAAUGAUUAUAGCACCAUCUAAAAUGAAUGAAAAUAAGACCAAUAAUGAAAUUACAGUUAAAGAAAAAACUCUGACAAAGGAUCAAACUGAUAAAACUGAGAUUUUCAAUGAUGUACUGAUGGAAAUGACAAAACCUCUAGGUACCAUAUUUUCAAAUGUUUGCAAUAAGGAGAAUAUUAGUGUGGAUAAACCAGUAUCUAUAGAUGAUAGAACUAUUUUUUUCCAUGAUCUAUCCAUGGAAAUGACCAAGACAAUGUCGACAAGAAACGAACAAGAAAUUAUUGAUAGAAUUAUUUGUAAAUCGUCUGAAGAAAAUAUAGGUAGUAAAAGAGAUAUAAAUAGAUCGGACUGUUUUAAUGAAAAAACAUUAACGUUAUGCAAGUCUAUGGAGUUUACUGAAGCUCUCCCAAUUUCCUCGUGUCAAGAGAAAAUGUUUCAUGCUGCACACGUUGCUCACUCAAACAAAAGUAUAUGUGAAAUUGAAAAAAACAAUAAAACUAAAUUUUUCAAUGAUGCAUCAAUGGAAAUAACAAAGUCAAUAAAUGUAGCACCUUUAAACAUUGAUAAAGCGAAUUUAAAAAUUGAUGAAUUAAUAUCAAAAAAUGAUAAAACUAUAUUCUUCCCUGACAUAUCCAUAGAAAUGACUGCAGCGGUAUCAAGAAAAGAAAUUACUCAACCAAUUUGUAAAUCAAUAUCUAAAGAGAAUGCACAUGAAGAAAAAGAUAGGAAUGAUUCAAUAUGCUUUAAUGAAGGAACCAAAUUGUUAUGUAAAUCUAUGGAAUUUACCAAAGUCGUCCCAACUUCUUUGCAUGAGAUAACAUUUAAUACUACUGAUACUACUCACACUACACAGUCCAUAUCAUUUCCUCAAACAUUUUCAAAAACAAUCUCAAUACCAGCUGAAAAUUCCGCGAGAGUAUCACGCCAAACUGAUGUAGUUGCAAGUGAAACCAUUCAAGAUAUAUCAAUGGAAAUAACUGCUGCAGUACCAUCAACAUUACAUUUUACACAAAAUGCGAAAGUAAAUGAAACAGAGAAUUUAAUAAUUUCUAAAAAUGAUGAGUUCCAACAUUUAAUGACAAAUAAUAAUCUAACAAAAUUAAGGGAAGAUGUAAUAAAAGAAAAUUUUACAAUUCCAAGGGAAAUUGUAGAAGCAGAAAAUAUUAGACACGAUGAAUCGUUUAACAUUUCUAUUACUCAAUCUCCACUGAAUAAUUCAUUAAGUACAUACUUAGAAAAUGUCAGCGGUAAAAAAAGAAUGUCUGAUGAUAAUAAAAAAUCAUAUUCAAAACGAAUCCGCAAUUCUUUUAUGGAAAUUCAGUUUUCUCAAGUAUCUUCAAGUGAUGUACAUUCAUUUUCUAGUACUGGCGCUAAUUAUGUAAAUGAUUUAAAUGAUAUUGAACAAGAACAUAAUGAUUCUGUAAAGGAAACAAUAGAACAUACACAGAUAUCUGACUCAAAUCUUAGGAAUAGUCUAGACGAGAUUAGUAAAUAUAGUUUUUCAAGAAAAAGUUUGCCACAUCUGGAAGAUAGUUUCGAAGAGCUACAAUCAAUUAAACCACCAUCGUUCGUACAUUUAGACAGCGAAGAAGAAAGCUCUUUCCACGAAAUUCAACAUGAAUUUCGGUUAUCGACUAUCACUGAUAUACCAGUAAAUAAUACUUCUAACCAAUUAAUAGUAAAUAAUGUAACAGAAUCCAACUGUUCAACAAAUUCGAAGGAAAAUGCCGCAAAUGAUUAUUUCACAAUUUUAAGAGAAAAAGAGGAAUCAAUAAAUACUGAGAACAAUCAAACAGAAAAUCGCCACGAAAAUACUGUAAUGAAUAAAACUGAAAAUAAUCAGGAAAUUGAUUGCCAAGUGAUAAUAAAGACAAUUAUUAAUGACAAUCAACUUAAUAAUUCAAAUUAUCAUUCGACGAAGAAUAUUAAUGAAAAAAACGUACUAUCAAUGAAUGCUAAGGAUGGGAAAAUUGAAACAAAAAAACGUAGUGAUUAUCUCGAAGGCACAGGAGUAGUAAUGGAAAAUCAAAUAAAUCCCGAAAAACAUAGAAUAAAUUUAAAUGAUGAAGUGAAACAGCAAAAUAUGAGACAGAAAGACAAAUGUGCAACAGGACUCGUAACAACACAUGAUGUUAGUACGAUUAACGAAGACGUUAAAAACGAAGAUCCAUUUGUAACAUUAUUGCAAAAAUUAGAAAUGUAUGCCGCAGGGGACGACGUUAUUUGGAACAUAUAUUAUAAUAAUAUUAACAGGAAAAUGAUCGUUUUUGGUUUCAUAGCAAAUUCAUUAUUGAUAGCAACAUUUUUAUCAUAUGAUUUUAAUGACUCCGAGAAAAAUUUGAUUAAAGAAAUCAAGAUUAUUUCCCGCCUUGCAGACGAUUCAGGAAUAUUUUCAAAGAUAGUUCACAGAUUAAUUCUGGAGAAACUAAACGUGGAAUUACUUACAAGUUCGUAUAGAACUCAUCAGGACAUCCUUCCAAUGUUAAAUUUUAUUUCAAAAGAUGUCAAACUAACGAUGGAUUUCAAGUUUGAUUUGAGGCGUUUGGAUGAUUUAAAUUUAAUGGAGAUUACUAAUGACGAAAUUUCAUUUACAUCUCGAAGCAAACGGUUGGACAUUAUACUACAAGUUACGAUUAAAAUUAAACAAUUUGAUAAACUCACUCCAAAUGAUAUCAACUGUUAUUGUAUACUAGGUAGAAUAAAGGAAACAGACGUUAAAAAUUUAAUUAAAAAUGUAAAAAGAGAUCACAAAUUUUUACGGAGGUAUAUGAACGAUGUUAAGGAUUAUAUCGAUAUAAUGGAAGAGACUUUUAAAUAAUUUAAUGAUUGAAAAUGAAAGAAUUUCCGAUUGAUCUUAUAAAGUAUCGGUGUCUUUUUCACAAUAGAACGUGGGCGUAGAGGCCCGGUUUUACGUGAUUUCGUAACGACGAUGGCAAACAGAUUUCCAGUAUCAAAAGGCAUUUCGUGAGGAUCCUGAAGACCUUCGGAGUCCCCUACUAUCCCACCUUCUCUCUCUCUCUCUCUCUCUCUCUCUCUCUCUCGCCGGCUUCUUUGCUUCAUCUUCUCUCGAGUUCUCAUAUAUACGAAAACAACACAUGCAAAAAUCAUUUGGUGCUACUUUUUAU